CCCGCGUUCCGACUCGAGCGGAAAUAGAAAGCCUGAUUUUCCUCUAUUUAAGCGCGCCAACAAAGACCUCCACACGGGUCUUGAAACUGUAGCUCAAGUGCGACACUGCCCUGCUUCCAAUCCUUGAGACGAUGCCAGAGGAAACAUCCGUAGCGUCAAGCUCUGAGAGCGUGGACGAGAAGCCAUGCUCGUCGGCAGCAGCUGCGAUGGACAGCAGUUCUGUAGACGUCAUGGAGGAGGCAAAUAAAAUGAUCGGCACAGGAAACAGACAUCUAGUGAUGGGUGACGUCGUCUCGGCGGUCAGUGUCUUUCAGGACGCAUGUGGCAUGUUAGCUGCCAGGUAUGGGGACACUGCAGAUGAGUGUGGUGAGGCCUUUUUCCUGUGUGGGAAGUCCCUGCUGGAGCUUGCCAGGAUGGAGAACACAGUCCUUGGAAAUGCCCUGGAGGGAGUCCCAGAAGAAUCUGAAGAUGAGGAGGAGCAACCUAGUAACUCAAAUAUCGAGAGUGCCAAGAACCUUGAUGAUGAUGACGACGACGAUGAUGAUGACGAGGCUGCAGAGAAAAAUGGUGAAAAGGAAGAGGAUGAGGUUGGAAAUCUACAAUUGGCUUGGGAAAUGCUGGAGGUGGCAAAGGUCAUCUACAAGAGAAAGGAAAGCAAAGAAGACCAGCUCAUGGCAGCCCAGGCUUUCUUAAAACUUGGCGAAGUCAGUGCCGAGUCGGGCAACUAUCCCCAGGCACUAGAUGAUUUCCAGGAGUGUUUAGCGCUGCAGCUCAAGCACCUUCCUCCUCACAGCCGCCUGCUGGCCGAGACCCAUUACCAUGUUGCCACAACACUUUGUUACAUGGAUCAGUACAGCCAGGCCAUCCAGCACUACAACAGCUCCAUAAAAGUAAUAGAGACCCGCCUGGGCAUGUUGCAGGAGGUCAUAGAUGCUGCAGAGGGCACAGAAAGUGCUGCAGACGAGAAGACUGAGAUGGAAGAACUGAAACAGCUUCUGCCUGACAUCAAGGAAAAAGUAGAAGAUGCCAAAGAGAGCCAGACGACGGCCAGUGCUGCCUCCCAGGCCAUCCAACAGACUCUUGGUGGCGCAUCAUCAUCAUCAGCAGCAGCAUGCUUUAGUGAAAACGGUGGCCCAUCAGCCUUUGCUGCCCCUUCCCAGAUCCAAGUAAAAUCAACUGAAUCAUCUUCCAAAGUGGCCUCGGACAUCUCUCAUCUGGUCAGGAAAAAGAGGAAACCAGAGGAGGAGAGCCCAGUAAAGGAUGCUGAUGCUAAGCAGGCAAAACAGGAAGCCACAGUUAAUGGCAGUGGGGACUCUAGUACCAGCAACGGAGUUGAGAAGGAAAAGUCACAGGAGGCUCCUGUGCAGUCUUCAGCGUGAUGAGCCUCUUCUUGAAAGACGAGCACAGCAUGUCCUCCCAACCACCAGUCAAAGUCUUUGUUGUAAAUAAGAUCCAUUUUCAUAAAUUUGUCUGUCCAGUUUUGUAUACUUGCAGUAAAUGAAUUUGCAGAUGCA